AUGGUCUCCCAAGUCACUCUCGCUAUUCUCGGUCUCGCUUCUACCGCCGUUGCGACAUAUAGCCCAUUGCAGCUGAGGAACUUACACAACCUACGCCAGGAACAUGUUGUUGUCGAGGUGCGACAGGUAUCUUCGGAAGAGCCCGAACUACCUACAAUCACACAAAGCCCCGAGUGUGCUUCUGCCCUAGAGCCCCUGGGCUCCGACGUCCCUGACGUCCCACCCGAGCUGCUGUCGUACAUGGAGUCGUUCGCAGCCACGGCCGACACCAGCAACCCGACUAUCUUGUGCGAGGCUACCCAGGUACCGCAAUCUCUGUCUUCUCAAUACAGCUCGUACGAUCAGGCAGCUAGCAGCUGGCUCAGCAAGCACAGCAGCGACCUCCAAGCCGCUGCUACUAAGUGCGGCGGCAGCGAUGCCCAAGUCAGCGAGGCCGUGGCUUCUAUCAGCGCUUUCCUUGGAGAUACAUGCGGUGCUUCUACAACCGCAUCUCCGGGUCUUGCUGCCCGGCCCACCGGUAUGGUUGCGGGUGCUAUGGCUGCCGCCGGUGCUCUUGGCGUCGCCAUACUUCUAUAG